AUGACGUCCAUUGACGAAGUUACUGCAAGCUUCGCGGCCUCUCUCGCCCUAGCGGGCUCUGAUGUCGUUGACAUCUCGCACUUGAACGGCUCGGACAGGCGUUCCAACUCUCAGGCUUUCCUUCUAGCCAAACCAAUGACAAAGAAACAGUUUGGCACUCAGGAUCUGCAGCGUCACUUCCGACGCAUCUGGAUCAUUGAUGGAGCCUUCAAGGUUCACGACAGUACUCAAGGCCGCUUUGUUUUUUCCUUUGAUCUGAAACGUGAUCGAAAUAAGGUUUUACGGGGAGGGCCGUGGUAUUUUAACAAAGCUCCGGUUCUGCUACAGCAUUAUGAUGGCAUGGAGGAUCCUCUUGUCAUCCCAAUGAAUCUGCUCUUUUUUUGGGUCAAAAUCACAGGUAUCCCUCCAGCCCUAGAAGAGAAAACGAUUAUCAUGAAUGUUGCUUCUGUUGCGGGUAAGUAUUUGGAUUUUGAUCAAAGACUGUAUAACAAUAAGAAUCAAAUUAGGGUUCAUGUAGCUCAUGCUAUUUCCCAUCCUUUCUUCUUGAAACGGACUCUCAAGAUCAUCCCUGGAGUGGUGAAAGAGAUUACCUUUUUUUAUGAAAAUUUACAUGGAAUAUGCAAAGAUUGCCAACUCCUGUGUCAUGAACAGGACGUUUGCCCUACUGUUGAUGCCCAAGCUAUGCAUAACACCACUACCCGAUCGGAGACAUCAGGGAAGUCGCUCACAUCCCAUUUUCCAGGUUUGUCUGAUCUUCGUUUCCAGAAUGGAUCGUUCCGCUUUCAAGGCCUGCAAACACCGCUACUGCCUCCAGUAGUGCGUAACCUAUUUGGCACUUCUGCUAUAAACAAGCAUCGCAAGCCUAUUGUUGUGCGUAGUGAAAACCUAAGGCCUGCUGCGGAAGGAAAUGCCCUAGCCCUAGUUCCUGUGGACGUGGAACCAUCCACUGUGAAAAGAAAUAGGCCUGCAUCACCAUAUACGUCCCCAAAGAAACUGAAAUUUCUGUUUCAUGAUGGUGAGACUGCUGCUAGCUCCGCUAUGCUGCCUAAGAAACUGAAAGUUCCAGAAUUCCACACCAAAUUCUCUGCUAAAUCACUGGGUCUCAUUGCAGCCCCGGGGGGUGUCUUAGUUCCUAAGGAAGGAUCACUCCCUAAGGAGUCUCUGCAGCUCGUCAAAGUGGAAUCAAAGAAGAAAAGAGGCCGGCCUUUGGGCUCGAAAAACAAGAACUCUUCAAAGGUUGAGGUUGGCACAAUGAAACAGUUGAGAGAACGUAUAGCUAGAAGCAUCACAAGUGGUCUUGAAGCAUCAGAAUCACUAGUUCUUGAACUUGCAAAUUUGCAAUACUAUGAGAACAUUGAGUGA